CCGAUUUCGGGUAAAACCAAACAGUCCGGGACCAAAUAGCCAGCCCUAAUAUGCAAGCAGCAAGUUGAAGCCAAUAUCAUUAAUCAUGAGCGCGGUGGACAUGAUGUAUCCAAGAUUCAAGUUAUCAGCGUGUCUUGUUCGUGAAGACAUAUAAAGUAUGGGAUGGGAUGGGACGGGACGGGACGAUGAUAUUCUUCUUUGAUAUCAUUGGCAUUGGAACGAUGGUCAACAAUUAUCAGUUCUGUCAAAUUAAUGAUCAUACAAAUUAGGUCAUACGACCGUAGAUUUAAAAACACGAUGCAUUUUUCUCUAGUACUACUAUCUAGAUGAUGAUAUCGCACUUAAUCAACCCCACGUCUAGACAAAAGACCAAUAUCAUCAUACUUUUAACCUAUGAUGAUCAUUGGCAAGAUAUUCCAAUUGGAAGAGAUUGGAUCGUGCUAGCUAGUAUACUAACCAACUUGUGAAAUAUGAGAAUCAUGGAAGUUAUGCUCUAAUUCUAGGUUAAAAAUUCAUGAUGAUAUUGAUCUUCCAUCUAGUACUAUAUAUGGACAAUGUUAGAUGAAGAACCGAACAUUAUUAUUUUUUAACAUAAGACGACCAAUCGAUGACUUCCAACCGAAAGUGAUUAGAACUUGUGAAAUAACAAAAUGAAUCCAUCCCUACGAUGGUCAAUUGACAAUCCUUUUUUACUCCUUCGAAUGUCAAGUUGUUGAAUAUAAAAUGAAAUGCAGUCAAUGCUUAAAAGAAAUUCCUUUGUUUAAUAUGGUAGAAGGAGGUAUGGACUUUUCUUCACCAAAUAAUCAAGAAGCUUCUGAUUGUAGAUUAAACUUCUUUUGACCGCCAUGAAAAUGAUUUGAUUCUUUUUAAAGUACGAGUAUGAAAAUUUAUGGAGAAAAAUAUGUCAAUAUUUAAAACUUUCAUCUCAAACUAUGUGUAAUUUUUUUAUGAUGUCGCUUUAUGAUACCAAUAACUAAUCGUACGUUCACGAUUUGAAGAAAAGGAAGUGGUGAUUGAAAAAGAAGAAGGUAAAGAGGAUAUUGUGAGAAAUUAUAUUAUUUUUAUUACUAAAUAAUUUCCUUAAUCAAAAUUAUACGUUAUACAAAUCACCAAUUUGUGUCUUCUUCUACCAAUUUCUUAUUAUAAUUUCGGUUUGAGAAGAUCAAGGAGUGGGCUUGCAUAGCGUCCAAAAACUCGUUUGGGCUAAUCAAGUUAAGUUGCUUCUAAAACAAACUGGUUAGGCCCGUUUAAUCAAACUAAAGCCCACUUAUUCUUUUUAGUAGAAAAGCCCAGUAAUCGAGUUAGACGUACAAACUCGCGAAACAGAAUUCCAUCGUGUGUGGCACUGCGUCUGCAUUUCUCCUCAUUCUAUCAAACAGAAUUCUAAAACUUUCCCGCCGCUUGCGAGCCAUGUUCCCAGUUUUUAUCAAACACUUUCCCGCCGCCUUCAGAACCCGUUGCUCAAGCUCAAUCCAUUGUCUCCACUUCUCUUCGUCCUCUAAUCAUCUCAACCUCGCUGCACUUCUACAAGGCCGCACUCCGCCCUCGCAUGUCCUCCAAAUCCACGCCAGAGUCCUACGCCAGCACGCCCAUCAGGACAACUUGAUCGCCACUCGCCUCAUUGGCCAUUACCCAUCUAGCGCGGCUCUUCGCGUCUUUGAUCAGCUUAAAAAUCCAAACUUGUUUCCCUUCAAUGCCAUAAUCAGAGUCCUAGCACAGGAAGCUCGUUUCUUGGAUUCUUUCCUUGUGUUCCGAAGAUUGAAAUCAGCUCACGGGCUUUUCCCCAACGACCUCACUUUUUCUUUCAUUUUGAAGGCGUGCUUUGUUUCAAAGAACUCACUUUCCGUGAAGCAGAUUCAGACCCAUGUCGUGAAAAGUGUAUUCUCGUCAGACCCUUUUGUUUGCAAUGCUCUAAUUGCUGCGUAUGGGAAGGGAGUCGACGAUGUGGGAUCUGCGCGCAAGGUGUUUGAUGAUAUGCCUGGUAAGAGUGUGGUGUGUUGUUGGACUUCUUUGAUUUCGAGUUAUGGCCAGGUGGGUCGUUCGGAGGAAGUUAUGAGGCUGUUCUAUUCCAUGGUUGAGGAGAAUGUGAAGCCCGAAAGUGAUACGCUAGUCAGUGUUAUGUCAGCAUGUUCUGAACUUGAAAUAGACCAGAUUGAGAAAUGGGGUUCCCUUUUCUCUGAAUUGGUUGAAAGGACUGGUAGGGAUGAUGAUUCCAUGAACUGUAUCCUUGUCUACUUGUAUGGGAAAUGCGGAAAGACAGACAAGAGCAAGGAAAGGUUUGACUGUAUCAUCAGUGAUAGGAAAACAAGUGUGCUUCCUUGGAACUCUAUGAUAAAUGCUUAUGUGCAAAAUGGACAACCUUUGCUGGCUUUGAAUCUUUUCCGCUUAAUGGUGGAUGAUGAUCAUCCUUGUAAACCCAACCAUGUCACAAUGGUCAGUGUGCUCACAGCUUGUGCUCAAAUAGGUGACCUCGAGCUUGGGCAAUGGGUCCAUGAAUUCUUGAAAACUAGAGGAUGCAGAGGUGUUAUGGAAUCCAACAAAUUUCUGGCCACUGCAUUGAUAGACAUGUAUUGCAAAUGUGGGAGUUUGGACAAGGCAAUGAAAGUUUUUGCGAAGUUGACAACCAAAGAUGUCAUCUCUUUCAAUGCCAUGAUAAUGGGGCUAGCUGUGAACGGUAAAGGAGAGGAUGCAAUUAAUCUUUUUGAGAAGAUGCAAGACUUUGCUCUUUACCCAAAUGCUGGAACGUUCCUUGGUCUUCUAUGGGCUUGCAGCCACGCGGGAUUGUCCAAUAAAGGACGGCAGAUAUUCAAUGAUAUGACCUCAGCCUUUGGAAUCCAUCCCAGGAUGGAACAUUAUGCUUGUUAUAUCGAUAUUCUUUCCCGUGACGGUCAAUUAGAAGAAGCUGCUAGUGUUGCUGCAUCCAUGCCUUUUAAGCCUAACAAUUUUGUGUGGGGGGCAUUACUUGGAGGGUGCCUGCUUCAUUCCAGAUUGGAUUUGGCUCAAGAUGUUUAUGACAGGCUUGUUGAAGUCGACCCAGAUAGUUCUGGGUGCUAUGUGAUGUUAGCAAAUGCUUUGGCUGGUGAUAGGCGAUGGGAUGAUGUGUCUGUCCUAAGGUGGUUUAUGAGGGAGAAAGGAGUGAAGAAGCAGUCAGGGUCUAGUUGGGUCAAUAUCAAUGGUAUUGUCCAUGAAUUCGUGGUGGGUUCCGCAGCACAUCCUCAAAUGGCGAACAUAUAUCAUACACUGCAUGGGUUGGCGAGUGAAAUGAGAUUCCUAACUCCCUAGAAACACAGAUAUCUUUAUGGACUACUUGCAUCGUUAAGGUCCCUCCCUCCCCACUUCUACUUCGAGUUCAAUAACUAAAAUCCAGCAGCUCUUUAAUCACUGCUUCUUGGUUUGUAUCUUUCAGGUGAGUCAGGGGAGGAUUUCACAACCAGAUUGGCCAAGAAUAUAGAGGAGCAGGCUUAUCCUGUAAGAGGUACCUGAAAUGGUAAUUAAUGUUAUGACUUGCUGCAACUUUAGAUAACAAAAUUUCAUGACAAUGCUUUUUGUGGCUCAUCUGCAAGGUUCUUUCAGAUUGCUGCAUUUAUCGCUGAGCCAGUCAUGGCUACCAGAGGCGUGAUACCCCCUCCUGCAACUUACUUCGAUAAGGUAAACAUCUAUGCCCAAUACCGCAUAAGGUAACAUCGUAGAGUCUAUGACAUAAAAGUUUAAUGCUUUCCCAGUCUUUCAUACUCUUUCGUCAGUAUUCAUGCCAAUUGGAGCUGUUCUUGUGAGCCCUGAAAUAAAUGAAAGUGAUUUACUCUCAAAGCAACAAACUUGGUAUGCUGCAGCAACUGACAAUAAAAGGGGUGGAAAAGAGAAAAAGCUUCCCUUUCUUGUUGCUGUUAUUGACUGAUUCGAACUGAACUUUUAUUACCACCUGAUAUGCAGAUACAUCUUCUCAGGGAUUUACCUACUCCGACCAUUCUGUUUUGUGUGCUGUGGCCACUGAAGCCCUCAAGACAUACAGGUAGGUCUUUGCUCCGCCGCUAUAUACUACAUUUCCACUCGAUCGAGGUCUGAAUCCCGGUUUUUUCUUGACUGAUACUUCGCACUGCCACUCAGGGAAAGAGAUAUUCCUGGGCAUAUGAGCAGCAUUGCGCCAAGGUUCCAAGGCGGACAACAACCAUCGACGUUUCUCACUAAGAACUAUGGGAGUCAUCAUGCCGUCAUCAUAGGUUAGACGAAGGACCGCUAUCAUUGUGUUUCUUUAACCUUUGAUCAGGGCUCGACUUCCAAGUUCCAACCGGAUUAUGUUAACCAACUUGUUAAAUGACAAAAGGAAUUAAUCCUUAUGCUUUUCUUCUCCAAAUGUCUAGGAGGUAGUGAUGUCCAAGUUGUGUCUUGGUUUGGGUUGAGAAAUUUUGUAUGAUUUGAUUAGCCAUGCAAGUGCCUCGUGCAAAUUGCAAUGAUUCUUUGACCAAGAAAGAAAAACUCACUAUCCCAAAGUAACGUUAAGGGACCUAUUCAACGAAAGAAAAGAAGUUCAGGGAC